GUAAGACCCGGGGAAAGAAGCCAAUCACUAGGAACGCCAAGGCGGCGCAGACCAUCUGCUCGCGAGGGUAGCGGAUUAUCGGAUGACGCUACUACAUCGGGUGAACGUCAACGAACUUCCUCGGAACCACCUCAAGGCGGAAACAGGCGACGCCGGCAGGGAAGUGAACCGGAUCCAGACGGUGAGUCGCGAGAAAGAGGAACGCCAUCACAUCCGGCACGAACACACCGGGGAAGGGAAUCGGGACGAACGGGUACUCCGGGUGCCGAUGACCGAGCGAUCAGGAACGGGAACGCUGGAGGAAGCAUGGAACCUGGCGCCACGGGGAGCAGAAGCGAGCACCCUCGUUCCAGUACAAGAUGCGGAGUGUGCUCGGGUCAGGGUGCACGGGUGCGGGGCCCAACACUCUCGGAGGGACAGCCUGGAGGCGGCGGUUCAAGCUGACCCGGGGCUGCAGCUACGAGCUGAAAGACUGAUAAGGGGGUUAAACGACGAACCCCACGGAGCACGUCCGCUGUACAUCUGGAACCAAGACAGUCCGGGAAUAGGGCCUGCUUUGGACGAUGUCAGCAUGGAUGAUCUCUCACUCAGGUUCCAGACGGUGAAGAAAGUUCAACCUAGGUUUGCUUCCGACCAUGCCCGUCUCCAAACUCACGUGCUCCACCUUGUUAACAAGCAGCUAGCAGAAGGCGGCGGAGCUUCCUCGGCGACCGGGACCCCACUUUCCACCAUCCGGGUCAUCAAAUUUUGGUACCUCCUACCAGGCCAUCGCCGAAGCCAUAGCUGCAAGCCGCACCGAGGAGGAGGAAGGAAGCGCCCCGAGAUGGAGGNCCGCAUGAGGAUCCCGUUCAAGUGGAGCAGGCCAUCGCCGAAGCCAUAGCUGCAAGCCGCACCGAGGAGGAGGAAGGAAGCGCCCCGAGAUGGAGGCCAGAAACCGAGUUCGAUCCACAAGUACUCCUUCAAGUCAUCAACAGCAGAAGCUCUAACUCUGGAGCAGGAAAUGACGGGCAACGUUUCUCCCACCUUAAGUCCAUCGUCAACACUAAAAUUUGUCGGGAAGAGUUCAGCAGCGAGAUGUUGUCCCUUUGGAGGAGGCUCAUUAACGAUCCCAACGCGUUCCCACCGGAGUUCUGGACUCUUUAGAAACAAUCUAGUCUAAUCGCCCUCGGUGAAAAGUGCCGUCCAGUGUGCAUUGGAAUGACUUGGAAAAGGCUGAUUGCAGCGGGAACGGUCAAGGAGUAGAAACCGAAACUGGAAGAAAUAUUCUGGGAAGCGGACCAAUUCGGAGUGGCGGUAGCUGGAGGAGUUGAACAAGUUGCGAUGGACGCACAACUGGUUCAUCAGACAGGUCAUUGGGUAGUCCAGACGGAUUGCUCAAAUGCCUUCAACACGGGCAAGCGCACCGCCAUAAUGGCCCAGGCCGCAAAGAGCGUCUCAGAUCUCGUGGGGUACAUCGCCAGGUGUUACGACGAAAUCCCGGCAAAGGCGAUAUACGCGAUGGACUCGGGAGAGCGUCGGACGAUCGAGUGCAAGAACGGUGUGCAGCAAGGAGAUGGAAUGGGACC